AUGAGCGACGACUUGCCAAUUGAUAUUCACAGCAGCAAAUUGCUAGACUGGCUGGUUUCCAGACGCCACUGUAACAAGGACUGGCAGAAGAGUGUGCUGGCGAUUCGCGAAAAAAUCAAGCACGCCAUUCUAGACAUGCCAGAAUCGCAGAAAAUCGUUGAACUUCUUCAAGGCGCUUAUAUAAACUAUUUUCAUUGCUGUCAAAUCAUCGAAGUUCUGAGGGACACUGAAAAAGACACCAAAAACUUCUUGGGAUUCUAUUCGUCGCAACGAAUGAAAGAUUGGCAGGAAAUCGAGGGAAUGUACAAAAAAGAUAAUGUAUAUCUGGCAGAAGCGGCUCAAACUCUUCAGAGACUCGCUCAAUACGAAAUUCCGGGUCUUAAAAAGCAAAUCACCAAAAAUGAUCAAGUAGUCUCAGAUGCUAUUAAGAAAUUCGCAGAUUAUGGGAAACAAUCGGAGGAUGCAAAGAAACAAUUCGAGAAAAACGUUCAAAAAAUGGGCUUAAAAGGAGUCAGCUUGAGAGCGGAACUCCUGGCACUAGCUGCAGAUCUUCCAGCGUUUUUUGAACAAACUUCCAAGGAUAUUCAGCAAUUAUCACCAGCUAGAGACUAUUUCAAAGCCUUCCGAAGUUAUAUGCACCAAAAUUCUGCUCCUGAGUCCUCCAUUCUUCCUCUUUUAGCUCUAAUCUGUGAUCGUGGUGUAGAUGUGACCACCUAUGAAUGGAAGUAUCAUCAGAAGCCAGAUAGAAUUGAACAACCAAAUUUCGAGCUACUUCUAAAAGACGAUAAGAAAGGUUCAGAUGAAAUCGAUUUUGGAGAUGAUAUUGAUUUUGGUGACGACGAUGGUGGCAUUGAUUUUGGUGCGGAUUCUGUAGAGAUUGACAUCGUCGCCGAUGACUCUGGUGCUGUUGGAGAGAAGGUUGCAAGUGGACAAGACGCAUUAAGUCUUCUAGAGAACUCGGAAGCUCAAAAAGCUUUGAAACUAGAGCUCAACGAGCUUCUAGCCUUCCUUAGUAUGCGUUUGGACGAUGAGACACGGGAAACUGGAGCGGAUAUCUUGAUUCGAGGAGCUGAAAAACGACCAGACGACGUUGCCAAAGUGACAGAUAAAGAUUUGAAGGCCUGGAUUGCAGAAAUCGAAAGGGUGUUGAAGGAGUUUGAGAAUCCACAGAAGAUCCAUUUGUUCAAGAUUCGGGGGUGUCCACAAUACGUCGAACAAGUCGUAGAGCAGCUGGAAAAGAAACGCGACAUGGAACAACGCUACAAACGUCUCCAAUCCUUGAUGACUGAUAAUCAGGAGGCCGCCCGUGUCGCCGUCUCAAAAGCCAACGCUGAGCUGAAGACGAUUGUGGAGAGCACGAGAUUGCUCCAGAAGCAAGUGGAAGCGGAGAUUUCGAAGAAGUACAAUGGUCGAAGAGUCAACUUGAUGGGUGGCAUUAAUCAAGCACUUGGAGGAGUCUAA